CAGGGAAUGCUGGACUUACAGAACACAAUGUUCUUCCGUGCCUUGUGCACCACCGCAAUCGCUGUUUUCACGACAACUCAUGCUGAGCCUGAAGAGCUUCCUUUCAAGCCUGGCUGCACGAGGAAACAGCUGAAUGACUGUGGCUCGGAUUUCCUCAUCUACAGCAACGUCACGCGAGUGCCUUCUGGCGGACAAGAGUUCAUCGAAAACUGCGAGCACCUAUCCACGCAGCUGUCCUGUGCUUUACAAUUCUCGAAGGAAUGCUUGGACGGACUUCCGAGAGUGGCUGCCCUUCUGAGCUUGCAGGCCAUGGAGGAAGCCUACGAGGCUGUAUGCACUGAAGGCACCGAACUGAACCAAUAUAACUGUUACCUUCUGGCGGUAACGGAGAAGGUGCAAAUAGAAAUUAAAGCACUGCCCAAGACAGCACAGAAGGGUAGAGUGUGA